CCAUGUCAGGACGUGGCAAGGGCGGGAAGGGCCUGGGCAAGGGCGGUGCCAAGCGCCACCGCAAGGUGCUGCGCGACAACAUCCAGGGCAUCACCAAACCUGCCAUCCGCCGCCUAGCCCGGCGCGGCGGCGUCAAGCGCAUUUCCGGUCUCAUCUACGAGGAGACGCGUGGGGUGCUGAAGGUCUUCCUGGAGAACGUGAUCCGCGACGCCGUCACCUACACAGAGCACGCCAAGCGGAAGACGGUCACGGCCAUGGACGUGGUCUACGCGCUCAAGCGCCAGGGCCGCACGCUCUACGGCUUCGGCGGCUGAGCGCCCGCCCGCCCACGACCCUUUUUUGCGCGCUCAACAUAAAGGCCCUUUUCAGGGCCCCCCACAAAGUCAGUUGAGAGCUGCGCAUUUAUACAAUCUUUCAUGUGUUCCCGCAGGCACUGUUGGGAGUCAGCUGUAGUAGGGAGGACUGUGAUUGUAGCUGUUCCAGUGUCUGUGUCGGCGAAAAUCUCAAUUAGCCCAUCCGAAUCCUUGUGGAGUUAAGUAGAACGGCAAAUCCUGUAUAAUAGGCUACAAGGCUGCAUUCUUAGGGCCACGGUAACCGGCUAAAACAGUAACAACAGGAGAGGUUGGAGGGCUAUUGUAAGUGGAAGCGAUUUUUAGGUGCAUUUGGACUGGAUGAGUGCUGGUGAAUUUUGAACGAUAAACACGACUCCAUUUACAAGUUGUUUGCACUCCCUUGGAAGUUUUUCUAUAAGUUUUAGUUUUAUCAAAAUCCCAGUCAAUUAAGAAUUUGCAAGGCACUUUAGAUGCUCAAGUCGACGUUGUCCUAAUUUCUUUGUCCCUUGCUUAGUACAGAGGUGAAGUUUCAUGCAGGAUUCACGCACGAACCAAUGGGGUGCAGAGAACUAGGAAGCUGUACUCUCUUGUCCAAUCAGAGCUCACGGAGUUUUAUAAAU